GACCUCGAGAAGCUAAAGCUCUCGGGAUGAAAACCAAGAAUGCGCCGAUAGAAUGUGCGCCGAUCGUUGUUCUCGGCGCCGUACUACCUGCGGCAGGCGUCAGCCGAUUCAAAUGAAAAAGCACGAGGUACAGACGCAGGCGGAACAGUGCUAGCUCGCGCCUUUUCCCGACGAGGUCGAAACGGACGCACGUUCGUUGCGACGCGCGUUCACCACCAGGUUUUACAGAAAUGGCGCGAUACGCCGAGGACGUGUACUACGAUACUGCCAUUAAACUGACGCGCGACGCUGCCCAGAUACUGCGAGAUUCCAUCAACGGUUUCAAACAUGCCGACGAGAAAUUGGGCGACUGGGACCUCGUCACCGAGUACGACCGGAAGAUAGAGGAUGUCAUCAUCAGCGGGCUCAAACGGGCAUUCCCAAACCACAGGUUCAUCGCGGAGGAGUCGACCGGGAAAGACCUACCGGAAUUAACUGACGCUCCUACGUGGAUCAUAGAUCCCAUCGACGGCACCACCAACUUCAUUCACGGAUUCCCGCAUACAUGCGUGGUCAUUGGUUUGGCCGUGAAAAAGGAGAUGGUCCUUGGUAUCGUGUACAAUCCAAUUCUCGAGCAGCUGUUCACGGCUAGAAAGGGACGGGGCGCGUUUCUGAACGGGAAACUGAUUCAAGUGUCUAAAGUAGAAGACUUGUCGAAAGCUCUGGUCUGCAUGGAAUGCGGCUUCAUAAAGGUGGACGAUUUACGGGAGAAGAUGGUGGAGAGGGUUCAAACCAUCGUUAAAGCGGCGCAGGGCAUUCGCACUCUCGGCGUGGCGGCAUUAACGCUGUGCUACGUCGCGCUCGGAAUCGUGGAGGCCUAUUACAUCGAAGGUCCCGGCAUUUCGACGUGGGACAUAGCCGCGGCGUCGUUGAUCAUUUCGGAAGCGGGAGGCGUUGUCGUGGACCGCAUAACAGGCGAACCGAUCGACAUCAUGAAGCCACGCGCGGUAGCCGCGUGCAACGACGGGAUCGCUCGCGAUGUCGUUAGACUCAUCCGCGAGGCCGAUCAACGGGUAGACAUGAGGGCAAAGUAAUAUAGUUUCAAAAUAUAUGUAUUGAAAUAAAAAAAAAAUCCUGUUAUGAUUGAACUGCUCACGAAUAUAGUACACUUCCAGUUAUAUCAUGGAUCAACAGAAGACGUUAGACUCGGUCCUUUCAAAGAAGUAUUAUUAAUUAGAAAAUAAGGAGUAGAAAUAGAUUACAUAUCUGAUUGAUGUAAACACGUAAAUGGUUAAUAAAUCUAUCUCAACUGAA